AUCGCCAUGGGGAGAAGACUGCUGUGGGUCUUUCUGCUUGUCGUCGUCAUUUUUAAAAGGGCGUCAGGCUUAAAGAUUCGGAACAAGCUGAUAGGUAAAUGUCUGCAGGUGCAAGAAGGAAUUCUGGGAGGUAGAGUGUCCUUGGGGGAAUGCAGCCCAUAUUCACCCUUACAGGAAUGGCGUUGGGUCCCACAGAGCCAGGCUCUCAGCAGUCACCACACUGGGGAGUGUCUGACUGCACCGAGAGAGCAGUAUGAAGGUGUCCAUCUGCAGCCCUGCAUCUUUAUGACUGAAAGUGACGAGAUAGGUGACGGAUUGGCAGCAGUGGAUAUUGGCAGAGAUGCAAGCAGCCAGGCGUGGUCCUGUUCCAAGAAAGGCCACCUCACCUUGAUAGGGAGGGGACUGCACCUCAGUGCCACACCAGAAUCCACUUUGGUCUUCCUUUCGCAGGAACAUAAGCAGCAGGGCAGCAGGUGGCGGACACUUGACAACCAGACAUUGUGUAAUGGGAGAGAUAGCAAACAUAACCAACACCAAGACCAAUCCCACCACUAUCUGGGAAAAUCAUUGGAACCUGCCAUCUCUGAUAUGCACAGACAGGCUGAACCAUUUGAAGGUAUAAUGGACAUCAAGGGCACAGAAACAUAUCCCUUAAUAGAUGGGACUCUUUCAUCCUUGAGUACAAAAUCCCCUGCAGAUCCCACCAUGAUUUUCUUCAGUAUGGACUAUGGGAUGGGCUGGAAGAUAACCAUGCUGGUACUAAGCUCUUUGGCUCUGGUACUGGGAACUGUUAUUCUUAUCCUCAAUGUUUACUCCAAUAGAAGGAAGAAGGUGGUGUGUGUUUUGAAGUCAUACACCGUGAGGCCAGAGGUGAGUGUUCCUGGGUCCCCGGUGCCUAGUGAAAGGGCCCCACUGACAGAGCACGCCAUGCGCCUCCCACACUCCUCCCCCACUUUACAACGUGGAGAAAUCCUGAUUGAGUGGAAGGACGGCACUGUAACUCCACUGUACGAGGCCUGAAGGUUGUACUGUUAUGUUUGGACAUGCAAGCGGGAUUGGUUUAUUUAGUUCUUAAGAAAUUGUAUGCAUGCUUUGUCCUGAAUGUGUCUGCAGGCAAAUCUGUUGUCAACAGAAAAAAAAUUGGCAAAAUAAGAUUUCGGUAUUUUAAGAUUGUUGGCAUCAAAAGAUACUAAGCAAACUGUUCAUGGUGUACUCUGGACUAUUUCAUAAAAUGUAAAGUUCAUGGCCCAUUAUCAGACAGUUUUUGUGGGACUUAGCUGCCAGAGGAAGAUAAAAGCUGUUGUGAAGCUGCCAGAACAAAAAACGUAUGAGCUGUACUGUAAGUUUUCAAAGAUACUGACUCUGAGUCCUGACCUCUUGUGUUGGACAUCUGAAGAAUUGCUAGUACGAUGAAAGGUCUGUAAAAUAAAUGUUUAAGCAUUCAGCCAUUGUUUGUAGACCUACUAUAAGUACAAUUUAAGAGCUCAACAAAGCAACCAAUAGCAAAGGCCUUAAGUUGGAUAAACACUUGAGAAACUAAUCUUUAUUUGCCAAGGCCUAAACUAUAUGAAGAUCUGAUCAUGUAGUUCCAGUUUGAUGUUGAACACUAUUGUGCUGUGGGGUCAGCUCAGGUGUCUCUUUACAUACAGUGAAGGGACAGUGAAUAGGAAAGUGGUCUCAGAUCCCACUGUAUUUCAAGAAUUUAAAAGGUCUAGAGGUAAUCAUUGACAGUGUGCUGAUUUUUCAUUUAAAGAGAUUCAUAACAACAUAGCACGACACACCCUAAGCUCCUGAGACUCGCACCCUUAAUAUUAGGAUUAGUAGGCUAUUAUGGGAAAGUAUAAUUACUGUUGUGUUGCAACUUACUUUACUAUGUUGUGUUGCAAGAAACACUGUAUGGUGAAAGUUGUUUUCAUACCAUAAUUCAGGAUUAAUUAGUUUCAAGUGCAUGUCUUAGCAAAGAAAUAUUUCCAAAGAAAAUAUUACCCUAGUUUAAACAGGAAAUGUUAGUAGUCUGGCACUGUAUAAUUCAGUACUGUUCAUUUCAUGAUGCACCUUGCUUUGAUACUGACCAUACAUAAACUUGUAUUGAUUUACAUUGUUACUUGAGUGUACUUAUAAUGUACUAUAGAUUUGAGCUUAACGGUUCGUUCUUGACCUUGCACAGCAGUUGACAAAACAAACUCCACUCAAGGGCCACUUACUAACUUUUUCUGGGGUUUUCAACUACAUCACACUGUAUUCAUCAGCAGAUAGAGUUUGCUCAGCAAUAACUGAACUGUAGAAGUUUAAACUUUCCAUUAUUCUGAGCACUUCUCAUCCUUUGAAGUUCACCAUGAUGCGGUUGAAAGCUCCAGAAGCCCUUUCAGUGGAGACUCUUUUGUCCACUAUCAUUGAUGUUUUGGUUUUUCUAUGUGGAAACCAGGUACACCAUCAAUUAGUUGUAAAUUUGUUAGUUUUUUAACUGAAAGGUUUUUUAAAACUGUGAACUACCUAAUAA